AUGAAAAAGUUGGACAGCUUGACUCAGUUGAAAUCGCAAACUGUUAAUUCUACUGAUCAUUCAGCACAGACUUCUGGUUUUUUGAGAGGGUCAGGUUAUAUCCAGCUUACUGUGAACGAAGUUUGCAAUUUAGACAAAUGGGUCGUUAUUGUUACUGUUACUACUACUACUACUACCACUACUACGGCUACUACUACUAAUACUACUACUACUACUACUACUACUACUACUACUACUACUACUACUACUACUACUACUACUACUACUACUACUACUACUACUACUACUACUACUACUACUACUACUACUACCACUACUACUACUACUACUACUACCACUACUACUACUACUACUACCACUACUACUACUACUACUACUACUACUACUACUACUACUACUCACACUACUACUACUACUACUCACACUACUACUACUACUACUACUACCACUACUACUACUACUACUACUACUACUACUACUACUACUACCACUACUACUACUACUACUACUACUACUACUACUACUACUACUACUACUACUACUACUACUACCACUACUACUACUACUACUACUACUACUACUACUACUACUACUACUACUACUACUACUACUAUUACUACUACUACUACUACUUGCUUAUUAUUCUUCUAA